AGAAACUUGAAUUUUUAAUUAUAGAAAAGAAUAAUGAAGGUGAAAAGAUGAUGAAAGGAGCAAAAACCAACCAUAAUUAAGCACAAUCAAUCUUUUCUCACAAGCAAAGAGAGCAGAAGAGCCCUUGAUGAAGCCAAAUUAAACAAACCCAGGAUGGUUAUCAAAUACAGAGACCUCGAUUUGAACAAAAGACACUCAUAGAGAAGCUAUAAUGGAGAAGGGAGUUAUUCAAUUACAGAAAAUUUUCCAGAUCUGGAUACCCAUUUUAAGCCCGAGAAGCUGUCGCAUUCAGAGUUGCCUGCAUUCGUUCUUAGGAAUCUCCCCAGGCGUCUGCAGAUCAGGUGGGUAACUGAAAUACUCAAAAGACCUUUUUCUUUCGUUAUCUCUGUAUUUACCCCUCAUGUUAUCGGAGUGCAGAGCCGUGCUCAAGUUCCCUGUGUUCAUCUGGCGACAGUGCUCCAGUUCAUCCUCGCUCCUCAGCCAUUGGAUUGGGAUUUAGAUUUUGUUUCAGGGUUUCACCAUUUCUGAGAAUGAAUGAGGUUGGUGGUGGUGGUGGUUGUUGCAUUUAUUGCUUGUACAGGAAUUGCAGGUUCAAAACCGCCAUGGUUAUGAGUGAGCCUUACUUUACACAGGAAUGCAUCCAGUAAACUGGUUUAACACUCCAUGGCAACAUAGUUUCAGGUAUUAAGAUUGGAUUGGGCAUCUCAUCCUUAUCUGACCCACCAAUUUGAUACAAAUUCCCCAACAGAUUGGACUGAUCAGUUUUGUUUUAUACCCUUUUCCACCCAACCAGAGCAAUGAUCGGCUAGGCAACUUGGGAAUUGGGAUUGGUCCCUUCCUGUGUCAAAGUUUCAAAUCCUUAUUUGGAGGACCGAGGUCUUGAAUGGUCCUGGCCUCCUGGGUUGAUCUUAGGUUGUUUGACCCAAUCCUGUUUGGAUUUCAAAUAGGUUAGACCAAACCCACCUUAAGAAGUAGUAACGUGAUAGUUGAGACUUGAGAGUCUUGAGACUAGUUGGCCACGAAAGAUAUCCUUUGUUCUAUGAGAUCAUUAGACUUUAGAUGGGGUAGCUCAGUAAGUACUGAGGACCCCGAUUCAAAAGCCAUUGCUUCUUCCAUAACCUUUUUUAAGUAAGAGACGAGAAUAAUUUAUCAACAUUAUGAACCUUUUAGGAUUUGGGUAUCAUUUCCUUCUGUACUCUUUAAGACUGACUUUAUCAACAUUUUCAAAAGACACUGAUAUAUCUAAAUCGUUUUUAAAUAAAAGAGACAAUCCAUGCUUUUAUGAAGAGUUACAAUCAGGAUUUUGGAAAAUAAUCUGUUACCAGCUCCAUCCAAAGUUGACAAAUCUAAAGUUGACAAACACGUCUCAUUCAUAAGAACCAUAAAGAAUUAUGAAAGCAGGGUUUCUGUGUUGUUUUGUCUAAAACAGACAAAACACUUCUAUUAUGCCAAUCUCUUAUUUUGUAAACUAAACAGAUUAUUGUAAAAACAUUCUCUCACACAUCUCUUUUUUUUUUAUUUUUUUGGGUAACCCAUAACAAAAUGAACUCAUAACAUGACAUGAAAUAAGAACAGAGAAAAUAUUGAUUAGAACAAGAAUGAUAAAAACUCGGAUAAAACAAAUAUGGAAAGGAAAUUUAUAUAGAGGAAGAAGUAUCAAAAUGAAGAAACAGUUUGCACAGCACAGUAAUACACUAAUACACUAAUCUUGUAAAAAAAAGAAUUCAGAUUCGUGGACAUGUGUGCAGAAGGCAUGGAAAGUUGAAAUGCAUUAAAUUCUCAUUUAAGAUUCUCACCUAGACUUGGUCACAUAGAUGAGCUGAAAUUCAAUGUCAUUUAAUGUUCUUCCUAAACCCAUCACCAUUUUUGCACUCUUCUGCAACCCCACCACUCUGUUCCAGCUUUUUAUGGUUACCGCAACACCUCGUCUCUAUGCCAACACCCACAAAAGCAAAUGAAUCAGGAAAAGGGUAGCUUUAGCAGCAAAUAAGAAUGAUGAAAGUAGUGUAAAAAAAAUGCCAUCCAUGUCGAUUCAAAGUUACAGGUUUCUUCCCUUGGAGCUCCAUGUUUUAGAAUACCUCUUAAUUUAGGAAUCCAUUUUUCCAUGCCGAAAAGCAAGAAAGGAGAGAACUUUACUCACAUGGUCCUAGAGAAGAGCUGCAGUUAAUUGUCUGGUGGUUGUGUUUCUUGAAUUGAUAUUGCAGAGAAAUCAUCUUUUUAAACUGAGUCUUGGCGUAUUAAGCUUAAGAAGUCGCAUACUGGAAGCAUUUGCAGGUUUGGAUUCCAUAUCUUUUAUGCUGUUUAAACAUGGACUGUUAAUUAAUUUCUUUCAUAUUUCCUCAACCAUCGAAUUGAAGAGAAAAGCAAAAAGUUUUCUCAUUUGGAUCUUGAAGAUAGAACAUCCAGAAAGAAAAUAUUCCUGUGAAUGUUCUUUUUUCUGGUUAGGGGAAGUAAUGAAUGAUUCUCUCAUCUGUGUUCUGUAAAUGAAUGUCAUAAGAGCUAGUUUCUUAUUCAAGUUGUAAUGCUGGGGAUUUCAGUGCAGAAGCUUUCAUAUUUUGUUUAUAUGGUUGAGUGGAUUUAUGUAAGCGGGAUCUCCAGCUGUCUGAUCAGAGACUUCCUCACUUGGGUCUUGAAGAUGAACCCGUGGAAAGCUGGAUUUCUUCUCCAAGCUAUAAUGUUGGUGUCUGUUUCAGAUUCAUGGUGGGUGGUUUCAGGUUUGGGUUCAAUGUCUUCCAUUGCUGUGUCUUAUGGUGAGAAUGGACCUGUGUUUUGUGGUCUGAAGUCAGAUGGGUCUCAUCUUGUGACUUGCUAUGGAUCUGAUUCAGCUAUAAUCUAUGGAACACCUGCUAGAUUUGCAUUUUCAGGCCUAACUGCUGGUGACGCAUUUGUUUGUGGGCUUCUACUCGAAUCAAGCCAGCCCUAUUGUUGGGGAAGCAGCAUUUACAUCCAGAUGGGUGUUCCCCAGCCAAUGCUGGAGGGAGCUGAAUACUCAGAAAUCAGUGCUGGGGAUCACCAUUUGUGUGGUUUGAGGAAACCAAAGAAGGGUAGAUUCCACAGAGAUAUUUCUCUUGUUGAUUGUUGGGGCUACAACAUGACAGCAAACCAUGUGUUCGGUGGUAAGAUCAUGUCGAUUUCAGCUGGUUCAAUGUUCAACUGUGGGUUGUUUUUUGACAACAGAACUGUUUUUUGUUGGGGUGAUGAAUCUAGCAGUGGGGUUAUCAGCUCAAUGCCUCGUGAAACAAAGUUUCAGGUGAUUUCAGCAGGAGGGUAUCAUGUUUGUGGAAUAUUAGAAGGUCAAAAUUCUAGAGCUUUUUGUUGGGGAAGAAGCCUGGAGUUGGACAUGGAAACAGAAACCCCCGCUGCUUCUUCAGAUGAAGGAAAUGUUGCGUUAGUUCCAGAAGAUCCCAUGGUUUCUGUGGUAGGGGGAAAGUUUCAUGCUUGCGGAAUUAAAAGCUCUGAUCAUGGGGUGAUUUGUUGGGGUCGUCUACACAUUGGUAAGAGCACCCCAACUCCUAAUGGAGUUCAGGUUUAUGAGAUUGCGGCUGGUGAUUACUUCACCUGUGGAGUUCUCGCCGAUAAAUCUCUCCAACCUGUCUGCUGGGGUCUUGGUUUCCCCACAGCCCUCCCCUUGGCUGUGUCACCUGGGCUCUGCAUGUCUUAUCCUUGCAGUCCAGGUUACUAUGAGUUUGGCCGUGGGAUUCAAACGUGCAAGUCACCUGACUCCAGAGUUUGUUUGCCAUGUAGCAGUGGCUGCCCUGCUGAGAUGUAUCAGUCAGUUCAAUGCAUGCCAAAGUCUGAUCGGCACUGUGAAUUCAACUGUUCAAGCUGUGUCUCAGCUGACUGCUUGUCCAAUUGUUCUUCCCCUGUGAUGUCUGGACAAAGGAACAAUGGAAGAUUCUGGUCACUUCAAAUGCCAAUUUUUGUUACUGAACUUGUUUUUGCUGUGUUCUUUGUAAUUGCUGUGUCCUUAACUGCGUUCUUCUAUGUCCGCUAUAAACUGCAAAGAUGUCACUGCUCUCUGGGAGAACCGAAAGCCAGAAAGAGCAAUGUCGGUUGUGCUUCCUUCCACAAAGAGAAUGUUAAAGUCCGGCCUGACUUGGAGGAGCUUAAGAUCAGGAGGGCCCGGAUGUUCACCUAUGAGGAACUUGAGAAAGCCACUUGUGGAUUUAAAGAAGAGUCUAUAGUGGGAAGGGGUAGUUUUUCCUGUGUAUUCAAGGGGGUGUUGAGUGAUGAGACAGUGGUUGCAGUUAAAAGGGCGAUUAAAUCUACAGAUCUGAAAAAGAAUUCGAAGGAGUUCCACACUGAGCUUGAUCUUCUCUCAAGAUUAAAUCAUGCCCACUUGCUCAAUUUACUGGGUUACUGCGAAGAAGGUGGGGAGAGGCUUCUGGUGUAUGAGUUCAUGGCUCAUGGGUCUCUGCACCAACACCUCCAUGGUAAGAACCCACGCCUGAAAGAGAAAUUGGAUUGGGUGCGGAGGGUAACUAUUGCUGUCCAAGCUGCUCGAGGGAUUGAAUACCUGCAUGGAUAUGCUUGUCCCCCCGUGAUUCACAGAGACAUCAAGUCGUCAAACAUACUUAUUGAUGAAGAACACAAUGCCCGAGUUGCUGAUUUUGGUCUGUCAUUGCUUGGCCCAACUGACAGUAGCUCACCUUUGGCUGAGCUACCUGCAGGUACAUUGGGAUACCUUGACCCAGAAUAUUAUAGACUACAUUAUCUGACAACCAAAUCUGAUGUCUAUAGCUUUGGUGUCCUACUUUUAGAAAUUUUGAGUGGCCGUAAAGCCAUUGAUAUGCAAUUCGAAGAAGGAAAUAUAGUUGAAUGGGCUGUUCCACUGAUCAAAGCUGGUGAUAUGUCAGCACUCCUGGACCCUGUGUUGAAACCACCAGCUGAUCUCGAGGCAUUGAAACGAAUAGCAAAUGUGGCAUGUAAGUGUGUGCGAAUGAGGGGAAAGGAGAGGCCAUCAAUGGAUAAGGUGACAACUGCCUUAGAGCGAGCCCUUGCGCUGUUGAUGGGGAGCCCGUGCAAUGAACAACCAAUCUUGCCUACGGAGGUGGUUUUGGGAAGUAGUAGGUUGCACAAAAAGUCAUCACAAAGGUCUUCAAACCGAUCAGGUUCAGAGGUUGAUGUUAUUGAAACUGAGGAUCAAAGGUUUGAGUUCAGAGCUCCUUCAUGGAUAACAUUUCCAAGUGUUACCUCUUCCCAAAGGAGGAAAUCUUCUGUUUCAGAUGCAGACAUAGAUGGGAAGAAUUUGGAAGCAAGAAAUUUGGGUAAUGGAGGAGGAGGUUGUGAUGGGUUGAGGAGUUUGGAGGAGGAGAUUGGGCCAGCUUCUCCUCAACGAAAUUUGUUCUUGCAGCAUAACUUCUAAGAUUUCCAGAGAAGCUCCAGUGGAUGAAUACUUAACGGAGGAGGGAGGUUUCGAAGAAGAGUUUGAUUUAUUUCUUAAUCUAAUAUGUUGGCUGUCUUCUUGAAUUUUUAUCUAAUCUUGGUUUUUGCUAUUGCUUCUGUGUUGGGGACAAAAAUGUAAGGUAGAAAGGGGGAUAAGUUUCUGUUUUACUGCUCUUGUGCAUUAAUCUUUGUAACCUUUUGGCUGUAAACUCUGUAUGAAAUCCUAACAAGUUUGGUUCUGGAUUUUUUUUC